UGAAAAUUGUGACAGAUUGUUAAAAAGGUAAAAAUGGUUUACCGCUUCUACUGUAGCUCGAUGGGGGUAUUUCACCUUAGUGCUUGCUUGCUUGCUUGCUUGCUUGCUUGCUAGCUAUGGCGGAUUCGAGCGGCUACCAGGAGGACGAAGGCGUCUAUCGCAGCUCUCGAGCAGCAAUCAGCCUGCCUGCUCAUCCACACCAGAGUUUCGCUGCGUUUCUCUUCUCCGGUCCUGUUGGACACCCCUCCAAUUCUUCCAAGCCACUGAUUGUCGACUCCUCGUCUGGGAGUUUUAUCAGCUGCCGGGAGUUUCGCGAGCGAGUGGAGGCUGUCGCGGGCGGGCUGUGGUCGCUCGCUGGUGUUGCUCAAGGAGAUGUAGUCUUGGUGCUCCUCGCGAACACUGUACAUUUUCCAGUGAUCUUCCACGCUGCCCUGUCCAUUGGGGCAGUGGUGACGACUGUGAAUCCUGCCAACACCGCGGGAGAGAUAGAUCGUCAGCUCAGAGAUUCAGGAGCAAAGUUUGCGGUCACGUCACCGGAGCUAGCAGCAAAGUUGGGCGAUCCAACCAGGCUCUCUGUCAUUGUCUUAGUCGAUGGAGAGACCAGUUGCCACGGAUCCAGGUUCUUGCCGUUUCGGAAACUCCUGGAGUUCAAGAGCGGCACGGCUCCGGAGAACCUGGUAAGGAUUCGUCUCAGCGACCCGGCGGCACUGCUCUACUCCUCCGGAACCACAGGGCCGUCCAAAGGCGUCAUACUGUCUCACGGGAAUCUCAUCGCAUCCGUGACCAUUCUCUCCGAGCAAGAGAAGCCCUCCGUCUCCAUUGCGUUGCUUCCACUCUUUCACGUCGCUGGACUCGUUGUUUCUGCCUGUCUCGUGAUCCGCAAAGCCUCGACCUUGAUAGUGCUCAAAAAGUUCGACUUGGUUGCCAUGCUUGAAGCGAUCCAGCGCUUCAAGAUCACGACUUUGCCGCUGGUUCCUCCCAUUGUAGUUGCGCUUAUGAAGAACCCAGCAUCUGCAAAAUACGAUCUAAGCUCAGUGACAGCAGCACGAUGCGGUGCCGCACCACUUAAAAAAGAAAUCCAGGAGGCGUUCCUUACCAAAUUCCCCCACAUCCAAGACUUCUUCCAGGGAUUCGGCAUGACUGAAACCACUGGAAUGGGAGCGUUUGGAGAAGGACCACCGGGAUCAUCUGGGAAGCUUUCUGCAAACCACGAAGCCAAAGUUGUCGAUCUCACCACCGGUAAGCCGCUUCCACCGAACUUCAGGGGCGAGCUCCUGCUUCGAGGGCCGUGUAUCAUGCAAGGCUACCUGAAUAACCCGGCCGCCACGCUCCACACCAUCGACAAAGAUGGAUGGCUCCACACCGGUGACAUUGUGUUCUUCGAUAGUAACGGGUGCCUGUUCGUGGUCGAUCGUCUCAAAGAGCUCAUCAAGUAUAAAGGUUACCAGGUAGCUCCCGCGGAGCUGGAAGCAGUCCUUCUCACUCAUCCAGCCAUCGUAGACGCGGGCGUGAUCCCGUACCCUGACGAAGACGCUGGAGAGAUCCCGAUGGCCUACAUUGUCCGCGCAGCUGGAGAAUCUCUGUCCAAGAGCGAUGCCAUGAAAUUUGUGGCCGAACAGGUAGCGCCGCACAAGAGGAUCCACCGCAUAGAGUUCUUGGAUGCCAUACCGAAAUUGCCCUCCGGGAAGAUCUUGCGAAAGGAUCUGAUCGCUCUCGCCGCUUCUGACGCUCGCUCAAAGCUUUAAAUGAAGUUCCUAAAAACUCGAAUAAAGAAAUGGAAGAUUUCUUACUCUUCA